AUGAAAACUCCCCGAUUUACGCCAACCGAAGGGGAGAUCAAACAAUUUCAAAAUCAAUUACUUAGGCGUAAUGUUCAGUAUACAGAGAUUUUAGAAGGGUUUUCUGAGUUAAUUGCUCUUGGAGAAAUCCAACAAACAGAAAUUCCGGAUUUUAAAGGACAAACCACUCAGGAAAAUGCAAAACCUGAAAAGAAACGCUCUGGUAUCCCUUGGACAAAAGAAGAAGUAGAUGCAAUUGAAGAUGGUAUUAAGAAGUUUGGAUUAGGCAAAUGGGCUAAGAUAUAUGAAUACCAUAAAGAUAUAUUCCUGAAAAAUGAUCGUAGAUCUGGAGAUAUAGGUGAUAAAUGGAAAAAUCUCAAAAACAAGCCUAAUUUUCAAAAAUACCUAGUACAACCACCCGUAGUUCCUGCAUCAACAGAUAAAUCGCGCUUUCCGCCAAACGUCGUUACGAUUGCACCAAAUGUAACUAUAAUUACUUCGACAAAGCAAUCAGUAAACACACCAAUACCUCAACCUAAAGUUAUAUUACCACAAAUACUCAGAGCCACCGCUACAUUAAAUCCAUCUCUUAUACCUCCAAAACCUGCAAUGCAGACUAAUUUACAGCAAAAUCCUCCUGUUAUUCGACCAAAUUAA